UAACAACAGCGCUGCUCCUUCAAAGUUGGGGGCGCAUUUUCAACAGUGAACGCAACAAUUUGAGAACUCGCUUGCGCCUUUCCAACAGCACCGUGGAGUGGACAGAAGAAAGCAUCCGAGCAGUGGCGCCUGUGUGCAGAGGAACGUUUCCCCUCGCUUUUCAGCCUUGUGGACAAUAUGAAGUGCAGUUAUGGCAAAAAGGGGUAAAUCCGUGGUGAGGACCCUGGAGGAUUUGACGCUGGAUUCGGGUUACGGUGGAGCCGCGGACUCCUUCAGGUCAUCCAGCUUGUCUCUGUGCUGCUCCGAGGCGCACAUCUCCUAUGCGCAUGGAGGGCACUGCUGGCAUCUGACCGACUCCAUGCGCAGUCGACACAACAGCCUAGACACCGUCAACACCGUCCUGGCUGAAGACGGCGAGACCCUGGAGUGUUCCGGACACUGUGCUAAACUUCCCGAGCUUGAGGAUGUGCCCUGGAGCCUCGGGGAGGUGGAGAACGCGCUCAACAAGGAGGAAGAGUUGCGGUUCGGCACCGUGUCCGCGGACCUGCUGGCGCGUCUCUCUGCGCUCGUGAGCCGCGCGCUGGUCAGGAUCGCCCGGGAAGCGCAGCGGCUUAGUUUGCGCUACGGGAAAUGCACCAAAUACGAAGUUCAAAGUGCCAUCAAGAUGAUUCUAUCGUGGACCAUCUCGGUCAACUGCAUCGCCGCUUCGCUCAGCGCGCUGUCCAUGUACAACAUGAGCACCGAGGAUAAAUUCAGCCGGGGGAAAUCGGAGAGAUGCGGCUUGGUCUUCUCCGUGGGGAAGUUCUUCAGGUGGAUGGUGGACAGCAGGGUCGCGGUGCGCGUCCACGAGCACGCGGCCAUAUACCUGACCGGCUGCAUGGAGAGCCUCUUCCGCGAGGUCUUCACCCGGGUGUUGAAUAGCUCGGUGGUGGAGAAGGAUAACGGGAUCCCCAAAUUUACACUGGAAUCCUUUGAGCAGGCUCUGAGCAAUGAUUCAGAGUUGUACGGCCUCCUUUUGCCCUAUCAGCAUCUCACGUGUGGGAAAAAUGCCAAUGGAAUCCUCAGUUUGCCGGACAGUUUGAGCCUGCACAGGAACCAGCAGUGCUCAAGUAAAGCUGGAGACGCCUACAGUCAGUCCGAGCAACGAACAAUUGAGCAAUCCCUACUGGCCACACGCGUGGGGAGCAUCGCAGAGCUCAGUGAUUUAGUGUCCAGAGCCAUGCAUCACCUCCAGCCUCUGAGCAUCAAGAAUCACAGUAAUGGGACGCCGUUGCCCCAGAAGAGCAGCCUGGUCCACUGGGAGCCCGAGGCCUUGUACACGCUCUGCUACUUCAUGCACUGCCCUCAGAUUGAGUGGGAGAACCCCAACGUGGAGCCCUCCAAAGUCACCCUGCAGAACGAGAGGCCGUUUUUGGUGCUGCCUCCUCUGAUGGAGUGGAUCAGAGUUGCUUUGGCACACGCGGAGCACCGCCGCAGCUUUUCAGUGGAUAGCGAUGAUGUUCGGCAGGCGGCCAGACUCCUGCUGCCCGGGGUGGACUGUGAACCCCGCCAGCUCAAGACGGACGACUGUUUCUGCGUGUCACGUAAGCUUGAUGCUGCUUCCACCGAGGCCAAGUUCCUGCAGGAUCUGGGAUUCCGAAUGCUCAACUGCGGCCGGACUGACCUGGUCAACCAAGCCGUUAACCUACUGGGACCCGGAGGAAUUAACAGCAUGAGUGAACAGGGCAUGACCCCACUAAUGUACGCAUGUGUGCGCGGUGAUGAAGCCAUGGUUCAGAUGCUGCUAGAUGCAGGAGCUGACAUCAAUAGUGAGGUGCCAAACACAGUGCAAAAGUUCCCCUCAGUCUUCCCAGAGACCCGGCAGGCCACACCACUCACCUUUGCCGUACUUCACCAGCACAUCCCUGUGGUGCAGCUGCUUCUGGACGCCGGUGCUAACGUGGAGGGCUCUCUGCAGGACGGCAUGGAGAACUACACUGAGACGCCUUUGCAGUUGGCUUCGGCCGCAGGAAACUUUGAGCUGGUCAGUCUGCUUUUGGAGAGAGGAGCAGACCCCAUGAUCGGAACCAUGUACCGCAACGGCAUCUCUACCGCACCACACGGAGACAUGAACUCCUUCAGCCUGGCCGCUGCGCACGGACACAGGAACGUGUUCUGCAAGCUUCUGUCGCAGUCGGAAAAGGGGAAGGCGGACGUUUUGUCUCUGCAGGAGAUCCUGGCUGAGGGAUCUGACCUGGAGGAGAGGAAUUCCCUUAAGAUGGAGGCGACCCGCACGGGGAAAGCCAAACUCAAAGCUCUGAGGGAGGCCAUGUAUCACAGCUCCGAACAUGGAUACGUCGACAUCACACUGGACAUCAGAAGUCUAGGGGUGCCCUGGACACUGCACACGUGGCUGGAGUCUCUGCGAACCUGUUUCCUUCAGCACCGGCGGCCGCUGAUCCAGGGUUUGCUGAAGGAGUUCAGCUCAAUUGAAGAGGAGGAAUAUACAGAGGAGCUCAUCACACACGGCCUCCCACUCAUGUUCCAGAUCCUGCGCGCCAGCAAGAAUGAAGUGAUUAGUCAGCAGCUGGCUGUGAUAUUUACUCAGUGCUACGGCCCAUAUCCUAUUCCAAAACUGACCGAGAUCAAGAGGAAACAAACCUCAAGACUGGAUCCUCAUUUUCUAAAUAACAAGGAGAUGUCAGACGUGACCUUUCUGGUGGAGGGAAAGCCAUUCUACGCUCACAAAGUUUUGCUCUUCACCGCCUCCAACAGGUUUAAACUACUUCUAGCAAACAGACCAGCUGCUGAAAACACCUGUAUUGAAAUCAGCCACGUCAAAUACAAUGUAUUUCAGCUGGUGAUGCAGUAUCUGUACUGUGGUGGAACAGAUGCUCUCCACAUCAGAAACACUGAGGUUAUGGAUCUUCUCUCUGCAUCUAAGUUCUUCCAGCUGGAGGCAUUACAGAGACACUGUGAGAUCAUCUGCGCCAAGAACAUCAACACUGAAACUUGUGUGGAGAUCUAUAACCAUGCUAAAUUCCUGGAGGCACCUGAACUGUCAGCCUACAUUGAGGGCUACUUCCUGAAGAACAUGGCGGUUCUCAUAGAGCUUGAGCCAUUUAAACAGUUGCUCUAUAACACCCCGGUGGAGAACUGCUGUCCUGAUGUGUUGCAUGACCUGGAGAAGACGCUGGCCACACGCAUUCGCUCCAUUCAUCUGUCCUCCUCGAAGGGCUCCAUCGUCUAAAACUGCCUCCAGACCUCAUCAAGCAUGCUGAGAACAUGUUCACUUCCUCCAGGACUAAAUGUGCUCAUUCAGUGGCAGUAGCAAUGCACUCAUCGUUCUCCAUCUAGGACUGUGGACGAUCUCUUCUCAAUAGACUCGACCUGUGCUUUAGGUUACAGCCAUAAAGGAAACAAUGCCAUUAUAGAUUUUGACUCAAAGCUUGAUAACACCUGUGACAGAUUGGGGUUUGUUGUUAAUCUUGGAAUAGUGCAAUUCCAGUAAAGGUGUGGACGCAUUAGUGAAACUUCAACGGACUUUUGUGGGCCAAAAAAGUCUAUCGUCAAUAGUGCAGAGAUGUAUUAUAUAAUGCUUACAAAAGCUUUUAAUUGUGUGAAACUAUGUGUGACCUCAUUGAACAUUUUGCAGAUUCUACAGACGAAACAUUUUCCAACCCAGGCUCAUUUUGAAAACGUACCUCUAUAUACAUUUCUGGAGAGAGCAAAACACCUCCCAGGAGCUACUUUUUUUGCAGUUUUUGUUUUCGCGAAUCCACCAGAGGCCGCUGUGUAUGCUUUUUCAGACUUCAAAUUUCUCUCGUGAGUGCCAUUUGUGCCUGCUGUUCUCACAUAAAUCCACCAGAGGUCGCUGUCGACUGACUGAUUUACUGACUGACCAACCGACCAAUCACCCCACCCUUCCCCUUUCCUAAACCCAACCAAUAGUGUUUUAAAAUUACGGUGGCUGGGAAGUGCAAAACAACAUUACUAACUUUUAGAAAUCUCGAGGUAAAUUUACAUUUUGGAAAACAUUUUUACCUAUCAUA